AUGAGCCUUGCUUGGACUACCAAAGCGCUCGACAUCCCGUCACCAGCCGCCAUAUUGGGCUUUUAUGGCCCAACCGACUUUGAAACUGGGGCUCUGGAAAGGCAUCAGGAAGAGCAGUCUUACGGAGAGUUCCCUGCCCGCAGAAUGCGACUUGAGAAAAUCAUGCAGGCUCUGCCGCGGGCACCCGUGACGAACUAUGGCACCAUGAUGGAUGGUAGUCGAUUGGGUUGGAUCAAGCCCGGCGACCCACGCUCUGAGCUCAUCUUCGCGGUUCUCAAGGAGGGCAUCGGGCUAAACGUUCUGCUCUACGGCCUUUCUCCUAAGGCUCUGGCCCAAAAGCCUGACCCAGAGCUUGUCAGAGCGAUUAGCCCAAUGGCGCAUGUGCGAGACGGCUCCUACAAUGUCCCCACAUUUGUCAUUCAUGGGCUACAGGAUGAGAUUGUACCGUUCAAGACAGCCGAAUCGUUCGUAAAGGAGCUGGACAAUUCUGGAGUUGAAUGUGGCUUCUUACCGGUUCCUGGAGUGAAACACAUCCAUGAUCUGCAUCUCAAGCCGGGAAGCAGGGAGUGGAAAAGCCAAGUAGAACCAGGAUAUCUGUUCCUGUUCAAGCAUCUAAAGAUGUCCUUUUAG